AUGUGCUCCCAGGAUAAAAUUAGUUUGUGUUGCAGCAAUAAUAUCGACGAUGAAGAGGAGAAUUGUUCGAAAAGCGCAAAAAAUUUGGAACAAACUUGUGGGAAAGGCAAACGAAAGCAGCCAGCAAACGAAGAUGAAGAUGGUAAACGGAGUAAUUUUGUGAUAGAUCGCAAAAUGAUCAAACGUACAAUUGUCGCACUGUUGGAGACAUUCAGCAAAUUUAGGACACCGAAAACGAUUUAUAUGGAACGUGAAAUACGACAAUUAUAUGAUCAGCUCCUAUUGGUACCAGAUGAAGCAAUUCAAAAAGCAGUCAUCAAGUGUCUCCUCGCCUACAAAUAUAAAUUCCUUACACCUUACAAGUUAGUGUGCUGGUUAUUCGUGAAUUUUUAG